UUCCUCACCCUACAUUACGUCACCGGGACCUUUGCGCUUGUCGAUCGCAGUGUAUUAUGGUGAUGCAGCUCUUCAGGAACUGAAGAAUGCACUUGCAGGACGCAGCGGCCAGACGACUGCUUUGCUUUAACAUCUGCAACUAAGACAGUAAAGAGCAGCAGGGGCGAGCCGGUGCAGGAUCAGAUAACGAGGCGUCAUCACACACACAACACGAUGCUGGGCUGCUCGCUGCGAGGAGGCUGCAGUCCUCUGGUCUUCCUCUGGACCCUGCUGCUGCUCCCGCCUCUGGUUUCCCCUCAUAGCUUGAAUGAGCAGCAUGGGAGCAGAAGCCACAAUGUGAAGGACAAGCCCAAGCUGCUUCUUGUGUCCUUCGACGGCUUUCGCUGGGACUAUAUCGAUCGCGUCCCGACGCCUAACUUCCGCCUCCUCAUGGAUGAAGGGGUGAUGGUGGAGCAGGUGGAGAACAUUUACAUCACCAAAACGUUCCCCAACCACUACACCCUGGUGACAGGCCUGUACGCCGAGACGCACGGCAUCGUGGCCAAUGAGAUGUACGAUCCCACCCUCAACCACUCUUUCUCCAUUGAGACGGAGAGCAUUUAUGAUCCGCGGUGGUGGGAGGAGGCGGUGCCUCUCUGGGUGACCAUCCAGAAAUCUGGAGGCCGGAGUGGGGCUGCAAUGUGGCCUGGGUCUGAUGUGAAGAUCCAUGGCAUGUUACCCUCCCAGUUCCUCCACUACAACUCCUCAGUCUCCUUUGAAACCCGAGUGGGGCGGAUUAUUGACUGGUUCUCUGCACCUAAAGAGGACGCGGUGGAUUUUGGAGUCCUGUAUUGGGAGGAGCCCGAUGAAAGCGGCCACCUCCUGGGCCCUCAGAGUUCCCUCAUGGAUGCAGUCAUCGCUGGGAUCGACGAGAAGCUCGGCUUCCUCAUAAAUGAGCUAAAGAAAGCCGGGUUGUUUGAGAAGGUGAACCUGAUAGUGACCAGCGACCAUGGGAUGACGCAGCUUUUCGCUGAUAACAUCAUAGAACUGGAUGAGUAUGUCAGCAGGGACCUGUACACUUUGGUGGAUAGGAGUCCGGUGGUGGGGAUUCUGCCCAAAGAAGGGAAGCUCAACGAGGUGUACGACAAGCUGGUGGACGCAAACCCCAACAUGAUGGUGUACAAGAAGGAGGAAAUCCCCACGCGCUUCCACUAUCAGCACAGCGUCCGCAUCAUGCCCAUCGUCUUAGAGGCCAAGGAGGGCUGGACCAUCAUGCAGAACAGGAGCGGGCCCUUCAUGUUGGGAAACCACGGCUAUGACAACACCCUGCGCAGCAUGCAGCCUGUGUUUGUGGCCCGUGGACCAGCCUUUCGCCAGGAUUAUGUGAAAACCACCAUGCGCUCAGUCGAUCUUUACCCUCUCAUGUGCCACAUCCUGUCUAUCCGGCCUCUGCCGAACAACGGCUCCCUUGCAAACGUUCAGGACCUGCUGUCCCCGGACUCGGCUCCACCUGCUCCCAGCGCGCCUCCCAGGGUCGAUGAGUACUCCUACGCCCCCGUCGUGGGCUCUUUCCUGAGCGUGGUGAUGGUGCUGGGCUUUUUGGUUGUCUACGUCCGAGAAGUGACGCUCAAACAGCUGCCCUCACUAAAGCACAGACGCAGGGAGAUGUCGCAGCCUUUACUGCAAGAGGACUUGCACCUGUAGCUGGAGACAGGAAGGAUAGCCCACAUAAAAGAAGAGGAGGUAAUGCUCCCCAAGGUAGCCCGCUCUGUCCAGAAGCAUCCCUGAAAUGCCUCCUUCACACCGCUGUUUGUCACUGUGCUGCUCUGUUCUGAGCUUGUCUCCAUGUACAGAGUUUUGCCUUUAAGUGUGAAGGAAAUGUGCAGGGUUUGCUUCUGGAUCAGGCUUGAUCAAGAUAUUAAACCUGUUACAUGGGCUUCUAGUGGCUUUGCUUUGAUUGUGAAUUUCACCUGAUUUCAUCUCAUCAUUUUCAUCGUUGCUCACAAUGCAAAAGAUUUAAAGCAAAGAGUGGACGUAGAACAUGUGAUUCUGAUCCUUUGGUGGCUAAAACUGUGACGGGGAUAAAGGGUUUAAUGUGAAGUAGCUGUGAGGACAUUUCAUAAAAAGGGUAGGAUGCAAUAAUUCUUUUUA